GAUAGUUUGUCACUAUGACAAAAUGAAAUAAAAAUGUCCUCACCUUCAAUCUGCUGUUACCUGCUUACAGCCGCAGAGAAGGCCAACUGCGAGCUGCUGUGCAAGGAUGGCACCAGAGCUCCCAUCGACAGCUGCAAGACCUGCCACCUGGCCAGAGUACCCGCCCACGCUGUGGUCAGCCGCAAGGACCCCGACCUGGCCGAUUGCAUCUACAACAACGUGGAGGCUGUCAAAGGUACUGGACACCACUGUCAACUGUCCCCAGACAAAGACAACAUCAAUAGGACCAGGGCCUUUAGAUAA